AUGCAUGUUUUAACUUCUACUUCUUCCUCUUUUUUUGUCACCUACAUCCUAUUUAUUCCAAUUGCAAUUUCUUCUUUCUUUCAAUCUUUCGAAUCUUCUCCUACAAUCCUUCUCGGGAGGGCUCCCAGGUUUGAACUAAUGCCUGACAAACGACCUCCUGGGAAUUCGCCUCCCAAACCACCGAUGCCACUACCCAAGACAGUUGGCGAAGGCUCUCGACAAGUCCAUUUCGAGCCUACAAAGUCGACGCAACCGAACGGUAUACGUCAUUACCAAGCCACCGUCGAAGAGAUCGAGGACGACAAUGUUGUCCACCACCGACCUAUGAAGACUGCCGCAGAGAAAGGCAAGACUGUUGAACAGCCGUCCACAGACAAGCCCAAGGAUAUUCAACCUUCAGCAUUCCCAGCUGUUGGUGCUCCUCCUCAUACUCAUGCCGGUGCCGGCCCAUGGCUCAUGGCUCCCAAUCCGGCGCAGAGUCUUGGCUGGCCAGCUGGUGGCCAAAUGUACGGUGGCCAGCAGUUCCAACCUAGCAUGGCAGCUGCAAUGCCUCCAUGGGCAGGUGUCCACGGCCCAGUGCUGGCAGACGGUUCACCUGCUGCUCAGUUUUAUGCGCCACCCUCGCAUCUUGUCAAUAACAUUGCUUACUCUGCGUUCACCCCGCCGUUUUUCCAAGUACGAUUUUCCUACCUUUUCCCUCUUUUUCGUCUUUUGUUUCCUUUGCACGUUUUCCUGUGUUUUAUCUUCUUUUUUUCUAUUUUCAAUUUGACACUUGUCAGUUUGGACAAAUGA